UUGCAGAUUUCCAUUCAGUAAAUAUAAUCAAAAUGGCCGACGAAGGCGUAAGCAAACCUGAUUCUGAAGAAAUCAAACCUAUUAAAAAUGCUUCUGCGCUAGUUCACGAUGAUAAAUUUAAGCAGGAAAAAAUACAGAGACCUAGAAAAACACAUCUGCUUCAAUGGAUGGAAAUAACUGUGACAGAGCCAGAGAAGAAAACUAUAGCCUCAAUGAAGAUGCAGGAUACAUUUGUAGUUUAUCUCAUAGAGACAAGAGUCACAGAUGAACAUAUGCAAGGCUUUGGGGAAGGUGCAACCUCUGUUUGGAGACGGUAUAGUGAGUUUGAACUUCUGCGGAACUAUUUGGAUGUAACAUUUCCAGCAGUUAUUGUUCCAGCUCUCCCAGAGAAGAAGGCAACAUAUGCUUGGCAGAAUGUGUCCAUGGAUCGUUUUGAUCCAGACUUUAUUGAACGGCGCAGAGCAGGACUGGAAAUUUUUCUUUUACGAUGUGCUGCUCAUCCAAAGCUUUGCCAGGAUAAAAUAUUUAUGGGAUUCCUACAGCAAGAACAAGGCUGGCGAGAAACAGUGAAUGCAACAGAUUUCUACAGUAAAGCAGAGUCUAGGUUAAAAGCUUUAAAUGCACAGUUUAAAAUAAAGAAAUCAGACAGGCGAUUUGAUGAACUUAAAAAUUACUGUACUGAGCUGCAAAGCAAUAUAGGAAAUAUUCUCAAAAUUAGAGCGCGAAUGUGUGAUAAAUUGUAUGGUAUACAUAAAGUUCAUGGAAACUACGCCCGUGUUUUCAAUGAGUGGAGUGCUAUCGAGAAAGAUAUAGCUGAACAUCUACAGAGUGCUAGCCAUUACAUGGAUGUAUUUGCUUCAUCAAUAGAUGCUCAGUUGGAGGAAGAGGAACAGUAUGCAGAUCAGUUGAAGGAAUAUUACUCAUUUGGAGACUCUGUUAGGUCUGUCUGUCGAAGAUAUGAAUGUGCUCAGUAUGAUUUAGAGAAGGCAGAGGACAACUUAACAUAUAAAAUAGGUCAGAGGGACCUCUUGAAACAGGCUAUGGCAGAAAGCCCAGUCUCGGAAGAGGUAAAGACCAGCAAUCAAGGCAAGAGUGGCUUCUCUUUGAGUGGCAUGAAAAGUAAAAUCUUUGGCAGUGAAGCCCCUGAACAAAGGGAGGUAAGGCUGAAGCAGCUGGAGGAACAGAUUGUUCAGGCUGAAGCUGAGCUAAAGAAAGUCCAGGAGGAGACAGAUUUGUUUGUAGAACAAGCUCUCAGGGACAUUGACAGAUUCCAGAGACAGAAAACAAAAGACCUGCAAGAAAUAUUCACAAACUAUGCUGUUAUGCAGAUCAAACAGUGUAAAAAGGGUAUCGCCAUAUGGAUCAGUGCGAAAGAUUGCUUCAGUAAAAUGUAGUUUCAAAAAUAAAGUGUCCAAAUAUUUAGCUUAAAUGAUAAAAGUGAAAGAUUAAUCUGUAAAUCUGUUGAUGUCAUGCUGAUACAUGGAUAUUACAGGAGAUGUCAACAAUUCAAGAACAUCUUGUGUGUAUCAUUCUACUCUCAAGGGGUAUUGCAGGAUGUCCAUAAUAUCGUUAUAUUUUUCUUACCACUUGGAAUUCCACAAGUAUAUUACAGACAUUUACAUUGCAGUUCAACAUUUCUGAAUGUCAUUUCUCCUAAAUCAUCUGAAAUGCUCAAACAUCAAUGUUAAAAAUUCUCAACACAGGAGAUGUUCUUAGGAGCAGCUGAGAUGAGGCGCUCUGAGCAAGAGAAUUGAAUCAUAAUAUAGUUUGGUUUAGAUCAUGUAUGUUGUCACAAUUCAAAAAAAUGUACAAUUGUACAUUAAGUUAAAAGAUAUAGAGAUUCAUUUGUAAUUUUGUAAUGAACUCUAUAAUGGGCUUUGAAAUAACUUUGAUGUAUUUUUGUCUAGUUUGUCUCAUAGUGUAAUUAUGUUCCUUUUUUUUUCUCUGUGAUAUUUAUGGAAUUGAACUCGUCAUACUUAAAAAGGAUUUUAUUUUUUUUGUUUGUAUUUAUAUUUUAUAUAGAACAGCUAGGCUGACUAUUUUCUAAAUAGUAGUAUCUGGUUGUAAAACAUAGAUGAAAAUAUUCCCACCCAGUAUUCAGUAAACAAAUGUAAGCUUCAAAUUAGCUUGUCCUUUUUAUCUUGUAUUUUGGAAAAGGAAUAUACAAGCUCAUGUAAUUAUUAUCACCAACUUUGUAAACACUGUUUCACUAAGUUGAUCACUACAUUCCACAUCAAGUCCGCAUGUCUGGGUUUUUGUGAAUGCUUUAUAGUUAGAGAAUUCUCAUUCUGAACCUGUUUUCACUUACUGCCAUCACUUCAAUGGUAACGUUGUGACUAUAUUUAUGCUAACAAAAUUGUGCAUAAACAGGAUAACUAAAUUAUUGAUAUUUAAAAUAUAUAUCAUUAAUAUUUUGUGAAUUUGUUAAUUAUUGCUAUUAAUUUUUGUUAUUUAUUUUUUAUUAUUGUCUUAAAAUGUUUAUUUAUACCUUUCAUGUCAUCUAGUUUUAACCACAGACUCCUCAUUAAUCAGAGUUUUGAUUGGACCAGUGGGUAGUUUCUUUCGCUUUAAAUUCUGAUUUUAAUUUUUGUAAAAAGUAUUAUCUUAAAUCAAAACUUCUUUAUUAAUAACUCAACUACUUAAUUAACAGCUUUUCCAUAGAUGAUAUUGCAAACAGGUUCAUUUUUAUAUUUCUUUUUUUUUUUCUAACGAGAUGUUACAUAUUACGUGAGAGAUGAUUUUAAACAAUUAUCAAAUCUACUCGCUGAAUGUUUUGUAACCCUAAAGUUGACUUUCAUUGUGUCAGAGAACUAAUAUGUAGGUGUUGAAUUGUGGCAAGAAAGAAUGUUUUAGCCUUUUAUCACAUAGUCUGAGGAAAACAAACUUAGAUAUUUUCUGAAUUCAAUCUAAGGAACAAGCUGUCUCUUUUUUUCUGGUUUGUUCUUGUUACAUUUUCUCAGUUCCCAAAACUAUUUUAAAUAGAACUAAAUAAAUGAGACAAAAUUAAGUUUCAGUGUUUUAAAAGAAAGUUUUGCUUUUAGUUAAUUGAUUCAUUAAAAAAAAAAAAUUGACCUUGUAAAUGCUGAAUUCUGUGAGUUCUGUCAGGAAUAAAUAAAAAAAAAACUUUAAUCAGUAAAUCCCUGCCAGUAAUUGUCUCAUAUUAAGUCUUUCCAUGUGGUACAAAUGUGUCAUUCAGUAAGGAAUUCUUCAGCUGUCUCCUCAAUAACUUUUUGUUGAAUUUCAAAAUACUUUUUUUCUUGAAGGCAAAAAUAAUUUCAUUUUUACAAAACAUUGAUUUUAAUUAAUGCAGAUGAAUAAAACUAAUUCCAGAUUGAACAUUUAUUUCAUGUUGAUCUUCUUACUUAGGCCAGACUUUUUCACUUAGUUUUAGUUUGCUAAUAAUUUUGUCACUAAACUAAUUAAUAAGAAAGGAUUUUUUUUUUUUUUACUUAUGCUAAAACUAAAACUAUUGUGUAAGUGAGAAACCAUUAAAACAAAGUGGUAAGGUAUAAGCUGAUGUUUUCUUUUGUCAAUAGACUGUAAAUCAUGCUAUUUAUGUAAAUGAUCUUCCCCGACUUUGUUCUACCCGUCCCACAGAACUGAAUGGAUUUGUCAGAUAAAACUAUACUCCAAAAAUGAUGAGUGUUAAACACUACAUAAAACAUAGAACCUUGACCCCCAUUAACUCCCCAGUGUCUGAGAAAUGUAACUGUUUCUACAGAAUUUUUUUUUGGCAUCAUCUUUGCAGCGGGAUAUUUGCUCAGUUUUUGAUAAGCUUUUUGUCUUUUUUUUUGUCCUUAUAGACACAAUAUUUCUUUGUUUUGUUCACUUUUGUUUUAAUGUGUGAACUCGAGUGUCUGGUCCAAAUAUUUUUUUCCUGACUUUUAAAGAAUUGUUGAAACACUGUGUGUGUGAAUAAAUGUAAUGAUUUGUAUUGAAUGGAAGGCAAUUUAAUGUAGUAAUAUUGUAAUAACUUUGAGUUCUUAAUUGAAUUACAUUUUACAUUUAUAUCAGUUUUAAAAACAAACAAAAAAUAAAACUUUAAAAGGAUUCUUUUUUUUUCAUUGAUUUUUCUAAGAAACAACAGCAAAUGUUCUUACAAUUGCUUCAGACAAUUUUCUUUCUACUUUCACAUGUACUUAUCCUCCAUUCGUCAAGUGUUACUAGUGACCUUUUCAUGUAAUCCUUUAUUAUUUAGGCUUGUAUCUAAUAUCCAAUUAAAAAAAUAUAUUGUAGUUGGUUUUUUUUUUAAGUUUCCAUUCAAACAGUAUAUCAUAACAGUUGUAAACCUGGGAAUGGUUUGAUUUAUUUUAAAAAGGUCACUUUUUAUAAAGUAUUACUUAAAAGAUUCACCCCCUUUUUUUUUUCUAUGAAGUUCAAAUCUGACAAUGUUUAAAAUUGUUUAAAAUAAUUUGUUUAUGUCAUUAUACUUUUGUAGUUUCAAUCAUACGAGAUUACAAACAAGAUUCUGCAUUUUUUUUUCAUUGCAUUUUUAAGAACCUGCUAGUAUGUAAUAAAAAAAAAGGAAAGAAUCAUCCUAUGAUUAAAAGGGAGCAUGCAUUUAAUAUAUUUUGUGUAUCAAGUGUGUAAAGUUUUGCCAAUAUUAAAGGUGGUGAUUAUCCAUUGUGUUCUAAACCUUGUGCAAUUGAAUUUUUCUGAUACAUCCUGUUCAUUUUGUCUUAGAUUGGCUGUGGCUGCUCAUGUGCCACAGAUUGGCUGGACUUAUUGAAACUGUUCCAACUCUAGUUUACUAUUGUGCUAAUUGUUAAGGGUUGUUUUUUUUUUAGAGAUGCCUUUAACUCUUUACAAAGAAGUGACUUUUUCAAAAAGUGUGUAUAACAUUUACUUUGCUUGAAGUAUUGAUCACAUGACCAUUGUUGUGUUUGAUAGUUUGACAUUAUUAUCAGGUAGAUGAACUGCUUUGAGAUAGAUAAUAAUACAGAUAUAUUUGUACAAUAGUUCAGACUUGAAGAAAGUUUUCCUUGUCUAGCAAAUUGUGUAUGUUUGUUAAUUCCUUGCCUUUUACUUUUUCCAUAAUAUUAUAGACAUUUAAAAAAAAAACAUGGUUUCUCCAAAAUCAGACCAUUUUAUAGUGAUAGUUUUUUUUUAUUUUAAGUAACACUUUUAAGAUGGAAAUGUGAUUUGCCUCUUGUCCCAUUAGAAGAAUAGGGAAACAAAGUUUUGAUAUUGACAUUAUGGAAACCCAGAAAAAAAACAACUAAUUUGACUAUUGAAUUUUUAUAUUUUUUAUUACUGGUUUGUUAUUCUACUAUUUCAAUAGUCACAUUCAGAAUGUUGAAAACAGAUGUGUGACUUGAUCAUAAACAAACCAAGAAGAAGCCAUUUCAUUUAAUAACAUAUUCUGAGUUUGUGAUAGACAAAAUAGUCUUGAAGUUAAAAAUGUCUUUUAUUUUUUUCAAAUUUUUUUUAUUCCUUUAGAUUUAUGAUCUCGAUAUUUUUUUAAUGUAUUGAGUGAUAUAUUUUGUGUACAAAACAUGACUGAUGUGUACAUUACAUUCAAUGCCAACGUUUAUUAAUUUGUCAGAUGUAAUGUUUUAUAUUUUCAAGAGCAGGGUUGUUUAUUUAUAUCUCAACCUCUGUUAGUUUUAAUGGAGCAACUUGGCAUUCAAUAGAUUAUUUUAAUAUGGGCAUAGUGUACUAAAAGCCUAUAGUAUUUAUCACUAUAACUUUAGUUAUAUGUAUACAGUUACAUGUAGUUAUCAAUGUUGUUUUAUUCAUUUUGUAUUUGAUAUGUAUAAAGCAACCUUAGUUUAUAUUUGCUAAUGUAUAGCUAAAGUGAUGCUAUAAGGGGGGGGGGAUUCAUUAGAAAAAGGGCAACCGUUAGCAGAAGGCAUGUUUAGGCUAGCAAUUGUACAAGCACAGUGUUCUUGAGAACUGAAAUGAAUUAAUUUACCAUCAGAGCUAGUAUAUUAAGAAUAUCCUGACCUUGCUGGAAUGAGCUUUUGUUUCAAGUGUUCAGAUUAAGAUCUAUGUGUCAGAUGAAUUGUCAAGUCUAGGAUUUGUUUCAUCAGUUGUAUCCACAUCCACCUUCAAUUCCAUCCCAAAAUGUGUUUCAUUACUAGCAACAUCGAUUGGAAGCGUCCUUGUGUGAUUCACUAUUGUUUUCUCUGUGUUCUAGUCAACAUUGAUAUUUUUAUAUCUAGUGUUAUAUAUGUAUAUUAUUUGACUAGGGUCAUUUUUUUUUAUUAUUAUUGUCACCUCAUGACCAUGCCAUCUUUGACUUAGUCGAGUCUUUGAUGAAUGAAGUAGAAUUUAGCAUCAUUCAUCUUUUAAGAAACCUUUUUUUUUUUUUUUUGACAUAUUGUGAUAAUAAAAUAUGAUUAAUUGA